ACGAACACUUCUGCUGCCAGACAACAUUCAAACCUUUUUUCUAAUUAUGGCUCAUGGAACUUCAGAAUUUUGGAAAAAUUGCAUGACAGUUGCAGUUGUGUCAUUGUCAAUGUACUACUUCCUGACUAGCAGAGACCAGGACAGUGAAGAAGUAUUUGAAAAUGUUUUGGAAGGACUCCAAACAAUUUAUACUAAGAAGCUGCUUCCUCUUGAGCAAACAUAUUUGUUCCAUGAGUUCCACUCGCCAAAACUGUAUGAAUCUGAUUUUAAAGCAAAACCAUCAGUUUUACUUAUUGGUCAGUAUUCCACAGGAAAAACUUCAUUUGUAAGAUACCUUCUAAAUGACGAAUAUCCGGGGAUGCGGAUUGGUCCUGAACCAACCACUGACAAAUUUAUUGUUGUAAUGCAUGGUGAGAAAGAAGGAAUCAUUCCUGGUAAUGCAUUGGUGAUGGAUCCGGAAAAGCAAUUUAGACCAUUAUCAAAAUUUGGAAACAAUUUUUUGAACAGAUUUCAGUGCUCAAUAAUGAAUAACGAAGUUCUUAAGUCAAUAUCAAUUAUUGAUACACCAGGCAUUUUGUCUGGAGAAAUGCAUCAUAUUGACCGAGGAUACGACUUCACGGGUGUCUUAGAAUGGUUUUCUGAACGAGUUGACCAAAUUAUUCUUCUGUUUGAUGCGCAUAAGCUUGAUAUCUCAGAUGAAUUUAAAAGGGCAAUUGAAGUUUUACGUAUUCACACAGAUAAAAUUAGAAUUGUGCUUAAUAAAGCUGAUACAGUGGAUCAUCAGCAGUUAAUGAGAGUUUACGGUGCUCUUAUGUGGUCAUUAGGCAGAAUAAUGCACACACCAGAAACAGCAAGAGUUUAUAUAGGAUCAUUCUGGGACAAACCAAUAAGAAAUGAUGUACACAAAAGAUUGUUUGAAGAUGAAGAACAAGAUUUGUUCCAUGAAAUGCAAUCUCUGCCACGAAAUGCUGCUUUAUGGAAACUGAAUGAACUAAGCAGAAGAGCACGUCUUGCCAAGGUUCAUGCAUACAUAAUAAGCACUCUUCACAAGGAAAUGCCAAUACUAUACAGAAAAGAAGCCAAAAAAGAGCAUUUAAUUCAACAUCUUGAUGUUAUUUACAAGAAUAUUGAACACAAAUAUCAGAUAUCUCAUGGAGACUUUCCAGAGCUGAAAAAAAUGCAGGAGCUGUUGGCAGAACAUGACUUCAGCACUUUUCAACCAUUGAAGCCUGAACUGUUUGAAACUGUGGAGCACAUGCUUCAACAUGACAUCCCUCUUCACCCCAACUUUGAGCUGUAUAGACAGAUAUUGAUAAAUAGCUGA